GCCCCAUUUUUUACAUGUCACAACUCAAAUACAAACUUAUUUUGUCUUUUCCUUAGGUCAUAUGGCUACCGUUGUUGAAUCCGAUGCCGAUUCAAUCGUAUCCGAUGGUUCCAACUCUUCUAUCGUGCCUUCUUCAAAGAAGAAGCAUCGGGAUAGACGCGCCUCAGAAAGUACCACAGCAUCAAGUAACUCUGGUAACUCUUUCCAUCUCUUUAGACGAAACAGGAAGAGCCGCAAGAGCGAUGCUGAGAAGGAUAUAGAAACAGGAAACAACGUGCCAGACAUAGUGGUGGAUCAUGCUAAAAGCGAGGAUAAUGACAGCAAGGCAAUGGAAGCAAAGAGCCUUAAGACUUUCAGCACUUUCCCUACUACAACCCCUAGUGUCAAGGUUCCGGCAACUACCAAAUUGGUUGGUAUCAUCACCUUGGAAGAUGUCUUGGAAGAAUUGAUUCAAGAAGAAAUCUAUGAUGAAACGGAUGUACGAAAGCUUGCUAGUUUGACCGCCAUGAGAGCGGAUACCAACGCUGGCGAUAGACUCAUUGUCGCAUCGCACAAAAUUGUCCCUAACGCGACAUAUAACAAUACCAAUAUGAAAAAGGGAAUGUGGAAGAAGCAAAGAAGACUAUCAGCAGAUACAUACAGAAGCCUGGAUGACGUUGAACAUCGCAAACAAGCAUUGAUGAAAGAGAAGGAGAUGGAAGAUGCUGCGGAGGAGUCUAAAGACGAUGUCAGCGAGCUACCUGGCAAUGAUAACGCCACCAACGAUAGCAGUACACGGUUUAGGCUGCCAGCUCGAUCUAUGACGGAUCCCACCGGUUUCGGCAUUGAUGAGGAAAACGAGAAGAAGGACGCAUAAAUCUCCAGUUCAAAUACCUGGCAUUGAUAUUCGAUUGUUUUAUUUUUUUCUUUGUAUUGUUUUGGCAUGUAAUUUAUUGUAAUUCCCAAUCAUCCCAGUAUACCAAUAUUAUUGUAGUUUCUAUUCGCUACAUCUACAUAUUCGUAUGUUAUUA